AUGGCGGAGCAGCUAUUGUGCGACACGGGCCUUCUCCUCACUCUCGCCUAUCUCUUCCAACUGCAUUACGUAUCAGAAAUGCCGUCGACGUGGUCAUCGACGAUGUCAGAAGCCCUCACUUUGACGAAGAGUGACCCCAAGUGCGAGAGUAAUCGUUCAUGGCUCGAUGGUCUGCAGAGCCUCAGCUCAGCCUGGCCUGCGAUAAAGGGCUUUCUGGAGCGGACUCAGGACACAGCACCUCGGAAAACUGUGAAGGAACAGACAUGGAAAAGAUUCGGUCGAAUUCCGGGACGCUGUGCUCUGCUCACAUUCCAGGAGAAGCAUGUUGAAGAGCAGGCUUUCCAAUCUCCGGAUGAUUUAGCCAAGUAUCUCGACGCAAACCCGACACAGCAAAACUCUGGACUGUGUCGUCUGUGGAUCCUCGAGGACUUGGAUCUGCGAUGGGUUGAAGUCUUGGGCAGUCGUCUAAGGGUCGAUCCUCUGGUCUUCAGCGAACAGACCAAUACGUUCAAUUUCACAGGUACCAGUACCGUACUUCGAGAUCUUGCGCUAUCAUCUAAACAAUUUUCCAAGACUCGCAGACCAUAGUCACCCGAGCAUUACCUUCCCUCGUGCGUCCGAUCAAAGCCUUUACUCUGAGGUAUUUCGAGUUCCGCCAGCUCCGAGACGAGAACAGUAUACAGACCCAUACGAACCAAACGACGUUUGCAUUGAAUGCAAGACGGAUCGAACGCUGGCGAGAUAUCGACUCGCCGAACUUCAAGUGCAAAUGGAGGCAUAGCUUGGCGAGGAGAUGCGCUAGUUUCUGGACGAACGAGAAGAAAGGCAUCUCUGGUUGGGAUGGUGAGGGUUUUAAUGCUCCAGAUCACGCCUUGUCCGUUCGCUGACUGAGUGAUAGCUGUUAUGCUGGUAGACCCAGCCUUCGAUUCGUUUCCUCACGAGGGUACGCAUGUGCCUGAAGUCUGCACCAUCUUGCAAGAUCCAACCACCCAUAACAGACUGGAUGCGCUGUGGACAGCUAGGAAUAAAGGCAUGAUGGUGCCGACGAAAGAUACUAGCGUAGCCUAUCACGGUGGCUCUCACACUUUCACGGAAUCAACUCUGGAUCUCGACACCGCGAGAGCCAGGCAAUUGGUUGACGAAGGCCGAAAGCUGAGCUCGCCUCUGGAUGAGGUUGUGCUACAUUGGACUCGGGUUGCCGACCCGGAAUUGAUCUCGGAAGCUCGCACGCACUCCGUGAACAGCGUCCACUACCUACUCAAGUACAUUGCCAAUCUCUGGGUCCACCAGCUCGACUUGGUGCAAUCGACCAUCGCGCAAAGUGAAUAUUUCUCCGAAGACUAUCAGGCCUCAGUGGACAUCAACACCACAUCAGAGGAAUGGCGGAAAAAGCUUAGGGAAGUGCUCCGUGCCACGGCUGAUAUCAACAGCCUUCGACGACAGAUGAUGCAUUUCGACCACCACCUGACUCUGAACCUUGAGCGUCUCGGCAUCAUCUUGGGUGCUGAGAGUAUUGAUCCUGCCGCACCAAAUGCCAUUCGAGAGGCACAAAUGGAUUUCAUCCACAUCCAUACUCGUCUUCGGCCGUUCAUCGCCCGGGCCAUGGCUCUAGACAAAACGGCCAACGAACUUGCCAAUUUACACGCCAAUUUCAAGAGCAUUCAGUACAGCGAACUUGGUUUGGCAUUGUCUGUCUUCGCAAGUGUUGUCUUCCCGGCUACCCUAGUGUCGAGCAUGUUGUCCAUGGGGAACGAUUAUCUACCUGGGCAGGGCAGAUUCUGGGUCUUCUGGGCAAUCUCUGUACCGGUGGUUUUUCUAGUUGCGAUGUCUCUGGUUUUCAGCCGGUAUUUGAAAACUUACUUCAAGGCUAAGAUUGGACAAGUAUUCAAGAAGGCAGCAUGA